AUGCGGUUCGGUAAGACGCUCCGCCAGUCGAUCCACCAGCCAUGGAAGGACAAGUACAUCGACUAUGCGAAACUCAAGUCGAUCCUGCGCGAGGACAAGUCAGACGAGGAUGAUCAGCCAUGGACCGAAGAGGACGAGCGCCGCUUCGGCGACGAGCUCCUGAACAAUCAGCUCGAAAAGGUGGCUAGGUUCCAUGAGGAAACGUUCAACCAGCUACGGGAUCGCGUCGAUGCCGCCUUUGACAAGAUGAAGCAAUUGACUCCGGCCGAGAUGGGCGAGGUCGGUAAAAAAGAGGACGAGUCCGAAUCCGCCGACAACGGCAAGGGCAAGGGCAAAGAGAAGACCCCCGCGGUCGACAAGGACAAGAUCCGCGAGCUCGAGGCAGAGUUGGACCAGAUCACCAACGACAUCCGGGCGCUCAAGUCGUACAGCGCUCUGAACUACACGGGCUUCCUCAAGAUUGUGAAGAAGCAUGACCGCAAGCGCGGCGGCCGCUACCGUAUCCGCCCCAUGAUGCAGGCUCGCUUGGCGAUAACUCCGUUCAACUCGGAGGUCGGGUAUGCACCUCUGCUGCGCAAACUUUCGCUCAUGUACUUUGCAGUCAGGGAGCAGCUCGAGGAGGGUACUGGUGACGUCCCUCUCCCAUUGGAUCUUCAGGAGAUCCAGCCCGAGACUCUGAAUGGCGAGAGGUAUACGGCUCACAAGUUCUGGGUGCACCCCGACAACCUCCUCGAGGUCAAGACAUAUAUCCUGCGGCGCUUGCCAUCUUUGGUUUACAGCCAGCAAUCCUCCAAAGAGGUGGACGGCUCUGAUGACCCAAGGCAGUCUUCACUCUACUUUGACAACUCCAAAUUCGACCUGUAUUUGAAAAAGGUGGAGCAGAAGGACGAAGCAGCCUCUCUGCGCCUUAGGUGGUACGGUCUACUGUCGGCAAAGCCAGAUGUGUUCCUGGAGCAAAAGAUGGUGAACUCGAAUGGUAGCAGCGAGGAGAGGAGGCUCGUGGUCAAGGAAAAGUACAUCAAGUCAUUCCUUGAUGGCGACUACAAGAUGGAGAAGACGAUACAAAAAAUGGAGCGGCAGGGGCGGUCGCAAGAGGAAAUCGAAGACUUCAAGUCCACCGCCAACACAAUCCAGCAGUUUGUUCUAGAGAACAAGCUCCAACCCCUCCUUCGGGCAAACUAUGUUCGCACGGCGUUCCAGAAACCCGCUGAUGACCGCGUGCGUAUAUCGAUCGACACAGAGCUCGUCUUUGUGCGUGAGGAUGUUCUGGACAAGCGACACCCUUGUCGGGACCCGGAUGAUUGGCACCGCAGAGACAUCGAUAAUCGGAGUGUCACGUACCCUUUCAAGGAUAUCAACCCGAGCGAGAUCUCGAGGUUCCCCUAUGCAGUGCUCGAAAUUAAGCUGAAGGAGGAUAACACCCGCCGACGGCCCGCCUGGAUCGAGGACCUCAUGGCGUCUCACCUGGUGCACCCCGUGCCGCGCUUCUCCAAGUUUGCGCACGGUGUGGCCAGUCUUUUUGACGACUACGUCAACGCGCUUCCUUUCUGGCUUAGUGACCUGGAGACGGACAUUCGCAAGGAUCCACACACAGCGUUCCGGGAGGAGGAGCAGAGGAGGAUGGAACGUGCGGAAGACGAGAUGGUAGUUGGAAGCUUUUUGGGAGCCAAGGCUGGCUCGUUCAAGCCAAGAAGUUCGCCCAAGGGAGGCAGGUCAUACCUUUCAGAGCGCGCUUCGGCCGAUGCAGCAAUCAACAUGCAGGGUUCGGCUUCUCAGCCUCGCUCUUACUCGGGCCCAAGUGAGACCCGAGAACGGCAAGGUUCAGCGGACGACGACGCUACAGCUGUUGAGGAGUCCCAGAAGGGCUACGGUACUCUUUCUUCGGUGCUACCGGGCUUCUCGAUGACCAGGUAUGCCCGCGCUAAACGCGAACGCGAGGCCGGUGGAUCUCUUUCACAGCUGCCAGAGGGCGUCGUUGAACCUAAGGAAUGGAUCAAGAACGACGGGCCUCUGAAAGUUGAGGCAAAGGUUUGGCUGGCCAACGAACGUACGUUCCUCAAAUGGCAGCACAUCGCGGUGCUUCUUGGAUCGCUUGCUGUGGGCUUGUACACGGCGGCAGCGGGCAGAAGCAAGAAGCAUGCGUCGGAAGAGGCUCACAUGGUGGCCCAAGUUGUGGGCAUUGCCUACCUCGGCAUGGCAGCGUUCGCAGCUGGUUGGGGAUACUAUACCUUCCAGUCUCGCAGGCAGAUGAUCGUUGCCAGGAGCGGUCAGGACUUUGAUAACAUUAUUGGCCCUCUCACGGUCAGCUUGGGGCUUGUGGUCGCGCUGGUUUUGAACUUUGUGUUCGCGUACCGAUCCGCGCUGGAAAGGUGGGAAGAUCUUGCUGGAUCUAACAACGGCAUUGGUAGCUCGAUCAACAAUACGUAUGCUAUCGACGAGCUUCGCUGA